AAGACAAAGUAGCCAAGAAGGACAGUCGUGCUAAGUAUGGCAGGGUAUACGGCGGUCCCGGUCGUUCUGGUGGCGGCGGCGCUGUGCUUAGUCAGCUACCUAGCACUUCCGGUGGGAACACAGCAGGACAGACAUUUUUUCGUGGCCAACGAAGAGCAUGGGCAGGUGGAGCAUGUUUCGGAUGUGGAGAUUUCAGCCAUUACAGGAAGGACUGUCCACUCAACACAGGAGGCAAACAACAAGGAGUACCAGGCGGGUCUAAAUGAGUCGGUGAAGGAAGGGUCCAAGGACUUGUUGUUAGGUUUGUUUUUGCAGGCUAAUGGGACAGAGAUCAAUGGACUUUCUGAAAAUUUAAAAGAACUUGCAAAAACUAUUCCAGAUCUUUUGUGUAAUUCCAAAGCAGAUAGCACGGUCAAGAAAUAUUAUUAUAAUUUCAAGAAAUGGGUUUUAUGGGCAAGUAGUAAUGAUGUCUGUGUUUUCCCUGCAAAACCAAUACAUCUUUGUUUAUACUGCAGUUUUUUGGUUCAGACAGGUGCUAGUAAAGGUGUCUUAAAUGAUGUAUUUUAUGGAAUAAGAUGGGCUCAUAAUAUUGUAGGGUUACCAUCUCCUACAGAUUCUUUGUUGGUGAAGAAUUUAUUUGAAGGUGCAAAAAGAAAACUUUGUAAACCAGUUAUCAAAAAAGAUGUGAUGACUGUGGAAAUUUUAGAAAAAAUGUAUGACAAGCAUUUUGAUGGGAAAGAUUUGGUUGCACAGAGAAUAAUUACUAUUUCUUUAUUGUGUUAUGCAGGAUUCUUAAGGAGCGCAGAGGUAUUGAAUUUGAUGAGAUGCGAUAUUCAGUUGUCCUCCACCCACACAGAGCUUUUCAUAGAGCAGUCCAAGACAGAUAUAUACCGAGACGGCUCCUGGGUUUUGAUUGCUAGAACUGAUAACAAGUUAUGCCCAGUGAGGAAUCUUAAAAUCUAUCUGCAGUUGGCAGAGAUCAGUGACAGUAGCAGUGAGUAUAUCUUUCGGAAUGUGACAAAGUGCAAGGAUCGAUAUACCCUAAGGAAGUGUAAUAAGCCGAUGAUAUAUUCAAGACUGCGAGUAUCUUUUUUGCAUCAUUUUUCCAGUGUUGUUCCAGACAUUUCGAAAUAUGGUCUUCAUAGCUGCCGAGCAGGAGGGGCUACUGCUGCUGCGAAUGGAGGAGUGGUUGAUAGACUUUUCAAGCGCCAUGGAAGAUGGCGGUCAGAGACGGCUAAAGACGGUUACGUUAAAGACAGUGUGGUAGAAAGAUUAUCUGUUUCUCAAAAUCUCGGUUUAUAAGGGUAAAGGUUAGGGUUUAGAAGUGGGUGGAGGACUGUGAAUUUAGCAUUCGCCGUAACAUAUAUAUAUAUAUUAUUGAGACAAUUUUAAAUAGUGAGAGUUUAAACAAUGUUUUGGUAUCUCGAUCCCGUUCUUUAGGUUCAUCGUUAGUGCGUUGUGGACAAUCAUUGAUUGUUUGUUAUUGCCACCGGGGGGUUGGGUGUGGCAGAGAAAUCAUAUUUCCCGCGGUUGACACUGGAAUUAGCGGGAAAUUACUUUCUCUGCCAGUCUGACCGCCAGGUGGCGGUACUUGAGGUACCUGUGGCACGUGCAGUGCCAGGUCAGUUCAGGCAACGCACUCGGUGGUCCAGGUAGAGCUAAAAUUCUUU